AUCACUGCAGUGAGCUCUAAAAGGGUUUGUUAGGGGGUAUUCAGGCCUGAUCACACUGAUAGUUUGGUGAAACUGGUGUUUUAAGCAUCUUUAAAAUGCAGCUCUUACACAGGUUUCAUUGUCAGGAAUUGUCAAAGGGGUUUUGUGCCCUGGCUUCUCAAGCCUCACUGCGGUUUAAAUGUUGGAGUCGGAACCUCUUUAACCUCAGCCCCAAUAGUCACGCAAAGCAAGGCCUGGCAGUGUCGGAUGGAGAGCUCAACAUGGCUGAACCUGAGGGGCGGGGAAGUAGUCACAGCCUUAACAGCAACUCCUGCCUUUCCGGUGUGCAGAGGAGCAACAGUGGGGUGGGAAAGGUGGCCAGCUGGGCAGUCAGCUUCGAGAGGCUGCUGGAGGACCCCACCGGGGUGCAUUACUUUACAGCUUUUCUGAAGUCGGAAGUAAGCGCAGAGAACAUCCUUUUCUGGCAGGCAUGCGAGAAAUUCCGUAAAAUUCCUGCCAACAAGAAGGAAGAGCUUAUCAAAGAGGCGAGGUCCAUCUAUGAUGCUUAUCUCUCAAGUAGCGCCUCUCAUGCCAUUAAUAUCGAUGACACGGCACGCACGAAUGAGUGUGACCUGGAGGAUCCCAACCCUGAGAUGUUCAGCAAAGCUCAGCAGCAGAUCUUCAAGCUGAUGAAGUUUGACAGCUAUGCACGUUUUGUCCGCUCUCCACUUUACCAGAGCUGCAUGUUAGCUGAUGUGGAGGGCAGACCGCUGCCUGGUUCCAAAAGCCCAGUGCCCCCCAAAGGCUCAACUGGUGAUUCCCAGUCUCCUACAGAUGGUAAAAAGCAGAAGAAGAAGGUGAAGCCAGGAAAGUCAUUUCCUUUUGACGUGGAGGACGGAUCAGACCGAAAGAAAGGGACACCCGAGGGCAAGUCUGCUCGCGACAAGAGGCAAGAAAAGAGAGGAUCGUGGGGAGCAGAGCUGACUGAGCACAGCAAGAAUAUGUGCCGCUAUGAGUCGCAGUGUUCAGUCAGGUCGACAGGCAGCAUGGAGUUGAGCUCUUCUUACAGCAGAACUGAGAAUGGGAGUUCCAGUCCCCGGGAACGUGAACCUGGCCGUGCAGAGCGUUACUGCUGUGUCUUUCUGCCAGAUGGUACAGCCUCUUUGGCCCCGGCGCGGCCUGGCCAGGCUGUCCGGGAAAUGCUCAGUGGACUGUGUGAGAAGAGGGGCUUCUCUCUCAAUGAUGUUGUCAUCUACCUGCAGGGCAAAGAGAAGCCACUCUCCCUAGACCAGGAUAGCUCUGUGUUGAGGGAUCAACAGGUUUCCCUGGAACUACGUGUGAAGUUCACGCUGGAGGUGGCAUUCACUGGGAAGGCUGUGGGGAUCAUGGCAAAGUCCAGCAAGACACUGCAGGAGUCGCUGUCUGCUGUUCUUCAGAAGCACAACCUCCGGCCACAGGAUGCUGUCAUCACCAUGAAUGGGAAGAAAGAGCCACUGAACAUGAGCAUGAAUGUCUUCUCUUUGGCCAACAAGAAGCUUCAACUGGACAGAGCAAAUGGUCCAGACCACAGCAACAUCUAUAAGAGCAGGGUGCGAACUGCAGUGUUCCAGGAGCGGCCACCAGGUACAGUAGAGACUUGUGAUGCCAUUCCUCCACUAGCCAGCACAAUCACAAUCAACUGUAGAACCACAAAUACUGCAGCCAUGAAGAAUUGUGACAUGGACGGGCUGAUUGAUCUCCUCUCCAGAGCCCAGUGCCAGGUGGAUGACCAGCGGGGGUUGCUGACGAAGGAGCAACUGGUAAUCCCUGACUUCCUGCAGCUGCCUCAGGAUAAGUCUGAUGGGGGUGAACCAGAGGCAGAGGCAGAUCCAAACCUUCCCCCUCCCAUCAAGCAGGUUUCUGGGGAGGAACCACCCACCACGCCCACCAUCAAAGUCACUCCCCCCGGGCUGGAGUCCUUCGCAGAGCCCGGGUCUGCAGAUUCAGCAGAUGGGGCUGUAUGUGUUGGAGCCGAACUGCAGAUGGGCACUGACACGCCCACCAGCCUCUCAACAACCCCAGCUGGUUCUCCCUCAACCAGGCCAAAUGUUGCCCGGGAGACUAUGGUGUGACUGUUUUCUCAAGUGCUUCCUCAACAACUUCCUAUUCCCUUCUGUUAUGCCUGAAACUCUGCGCGGAGUGUGGGUGCCAAAUUGGCAUAAACCUGCCAGACAUAGUGAAUGGACUGUUCUUACAAGUUGAGCAACAAUUUUUCUACUUUUAUUUUUAGGAAAUGGAACUACAUUUAUUUUACAUGCCCUUGCAUAAGACUGUGUACAUUUUGUAUUGUACAAAUAUUUUUGGUAACAUUGUAGUUUUCAAAAAUAGCAUUGUAAAUGGAUAUUUAUUCUGAACACAUGUAAUUUAUACCUCAUGCUUUAAAACAUCUUUUCACUUGAUCGUUAUCCCCUUAAAUGCAUAGUGUACAUUGUCUUAGUAAUGCACCUUAUAGUGAAGUUUUAAUGUACAUGUCAGUGUCAAAUGUUGCAUUAGUUAAACAGACCUGCGGGGUGCUUUUGUCAGUUUUACAACCAGCGGUUUCCUUUGUCUCUGAGAUAAGUAAAUUGAGGCUUUGCUGGAGUACAGAGAAGUGGAUGCAGUUUUCACUCUGUGACCAAAAAGGCAUUGUGAAAGGGACAGACUUUCUAUGAGGGUCAUUGAUUAUUAGUUUUAAGAAUUUAUUUUUUUUUGUGUCUUAAUUUCUUUGAAACCUCAUUUUGUGUAAUUGGGUGGUGGUUGGCUCUUCUGAAAUUGCACUGUUUGUUGUAAUGUUUUUGUGUGUAAUCGCCCUCUCCGAUGGCCUGUCCCUCACUCAGUGUUCUGUCUGAAUGCACAUGGUCUCCAGGAAAAUGCCACCAAUACCUACACUGUUUGGAUGGUCAGGA